UUGAACCGAUGCUUCAUCAUAUACCUCCAUCAACGUCGAAAUCGACCUAACUUUGCAAUGGAGGGAGCCAACGAUGUGCAGGAUAGAGAUUACAAGUUUUUAAGAAAGGCGGUUGAGGAAGUAUAUGAAGGUGUUGAAUGUGGAGAUGGAGGCCCUUUUGGUGCCGUUGUUGUACAAAAUGAUCAAGUUGUUGUGAGCUGUCACAGCAUGGUCUUGAAGAACACAGAUCCAACCGCGCAUGCUGAGGUCACAGCAAUAAGAGAGGCAUGUAAGAAGCUGAAGCAGACUGAGCUUUCGGACUGCGAAAUGUAUGCAUCUUGCGAGCCUUGCCCCAUGUGCUUUGGUGCCAUCCAUCUCUCAAGGAUCAAGAGGCUGGUCUAUGGAGCCAAGGCAGAAGCAGCCAUUGCUGUCGGUUUUGGUGAUUUUAGUGCCGAUGCAUCGAGAGGUACCGGCUUCUACCAAAAGGCACAACUGGAUAUCAAAAGAGCAGAUAGUUGCAGAACAGGUCUUUGAGGAACAAAGGCAAAGUUCCAAAUGUACUGAACUCUGUUGCUGUGCUUCCAAAUGGCUUCUACUCCAUCAAGCUUUGACAUGUCGAAUAAAUUAAUACAACGGUAGUAGCCGUGCUUAUUCGAUCCUCUAUAGCGAAAUGCGAAGCAUUUUGAUCGUUA